GAAGUAGGGAAUUAACAACUCAACCUGCUGUAGCACAAAGGGCAGUGCCUCAUAAUACAUUUUUCCAAGGAAGGCAACCAAAGAGUACCUCAAAACCGGAACCUUGUAUCCGAAAGGUCGAGUAAUUUGAGUAGGCAACUGAACUUGAAUGGAGCCUCUACAUCAUCGCAAAGUUUUUUUGGUGAAUUUUUUGAAAGUCAAUUGCAAGGGACCGAUGCAAGUUUCGGCUUUUGUUUGGCUCAUCAGCAACUCCAUCCCUGCAGUAGCAGAUCUAAUGUUGGCCUUGAUACCAGCACUUCUCCUUGUCAAUUUAGAUAGCCUACAGUACCUGCAAGGACAUUGCCCAGUACUCUUAGAAGACCAUUUUAGCUGUAUGUGCUCGAGCAUCGGGAAAGCAAGAUGGUCUAUUUUGAGAGACAUGCCAUACUAUCACAUUGACACACAAAGGGACAUCGUACUUGCUACUAUGGCCAUUCACAAUUAUAUUAGAAAGAAAUGCAAUGUGGAUGAUGCAUUCCAAACAGCCGAGAAUGAGAGCUAUAUUCCAUUGGUUGAUUAUAAUGAUAUUGGCACAACUUCAAGAGCUAACAAUGUAGAUGUCGAAGAUGUAGGAGAACAAAAUGAUGUCUAUUGGAUGGGGUUUCGUGAUAUGAUUGCUAUUGACAUUUCUAAUGCUUGAUGCUUGUAUUAUAUGAAUAUUUUUCACUUCUUGUAUUUAUAGUGGAGUGCUUUCGGUUGUAUUAGCACUUUUAUUAAGUACAUCUUAUGCCUGUUGCAGGCUUAUAGAGGCAACCCCAA